CCCGGUCCCUCCUACCCUUUUAUGCUCUCAACUCUCUCUCUCUCUAACUCAAUCACUCUGCUACCCUCUCUUUUCCCCUCACUCUCUCUUAGGGUUUCUCCGCAUUGACGAGCUUUCGGAGUCAAGCUCGUAGUAGAUGGUUGUAAAGGGAGGGUAGUUAGAAGAGACAAUCUUAUAGCAUUAACUGGUGGUCAUGGAUCAAUCGGAGCAGGCACAACAGCAGCAGCAGCAAAAGCAUGUAGUAGGCGUUGCAGCUGCCCCUGGCCAGAUGGCCUAUUCUACUCACUACCAGACUGCUCCCAUGGUAGCAUCUGGAACAUCUUCUGUAGCCGUAACUUCCCCAACACAGCCUCCAGCUCCCUUCUCGAAUUCCCCUCACCAAAUGGCAUACCAGCAAGCACAUCAUUUUCACCACCAGCAGCAGCAGCAGCAACAGCAGCAGCUUCAGAUUUUUUGGGCUAACCAAAUGCAAGAAAUUGAGCAGACAACUGACUUCAAGAAUCAUAGUCUUCCACUUGCAAGGAUAAAGAAAAUAAUGAAAGCUGAUGAGGAUGUCCGGAUGAUCUCAGCGGAGGCACCAGUCAUAUUUGCAAAAGCAUGUGAAAUGUUUAUCCUGGAGCUGACUCUGCGAUCAUGGAUACACACGGAAGAAAACAAGAGGAGAACACUACAGAAGAAUGAUAUAGCGGCUGCAAUUUCAAGGACUGACGUAUUUGAUUUCUUGGUUGAUAUUAUUCCAAGAGAUGAGUUGAAAGAAGAGGGACUUGGUGUGACAAAAGCUACAAUUCCAGUUGUGGGUUCCCCUACUGAUAUGCCAUAUUAUUAUGUCCCACCACAGCAUCCUGUAGGGCCUACUGGGAUGAUCAUGGGAAAACCAGUUGACCAGGCAGCACUAUAUGCCACCCAACAGCCUCGACCUCAUAUGGCGUUCAUGCCGUGGCCACAGACACAACCUCCACAACAGCCACCGCACGAUCAGCAGCAAACAGACACUUGACAACUAUGGUCGAUCAAAUUAGAAAACGGAAUGCAUGUUCUGAUUGCUAAUGAUUAACUUCAAGCCUUUAUGCGGCAGUAAUUUAGUCCUCUCCAUUGCUAACUGCGAAGUCCUAGACACAUAUAUGCAGUGCUUGCACUGCAUUAAAUUUGUGCUUGUAUGAGCUCUUAUCUUGAGCUUUUAUGUGGCUGAGUUUGCUUUCAGUUAUUGGUAUGGUAGUUACAUUAAUUUGGGGUAGUACUUAUGCAGAGUUUAGGGAGUCUGGAGAUUGGCGGGAAAAGGUUGUAUUUUGUAGUGUGAUUUUACUGGAGGCUGGUUGAUUUCUACAUUCCAUUCCAUUGUGAUGGAUAGUUUUAAACUCAUGAUUCAGGUCUUAUCAGUGCCUCCUCUCGAGUUCGUUUACCUUUUCUCUAGCAAGCUGGUACGUUUGUUGU